AAGUACACAGGGAACAGAACUGAUGAUCCAGAUAUGAUCCAUUCUAUCAGGGCUGACUUCACGCCAUCACACGUCAUUAUUGAUCGUUUACGGCGCUUGAAUGAUACUGUCAAAUGCGAAAUUAAUAUUGGCGUCGAUACUCCCAUACCCCUAUGUAAAGAUUGGACAAGGGUACCAGUAUAUCAUAUUGUUACCAGAGUCAUCACCCAGGUAUCUGGACGCCUAUUUUUAGGCCAAGAGAUAUGUCAGACGUCAGAAUAUAUUGACCAGGCUGUCAAUUACACUACAGAUGCUAUCGACGCAAUUAUUGCGAUCAAGAAGAUCUACCCUUGGCUUCGAUUUAUUUUCGCUCCACGUCUUGCUGGAAUCAGAAACUAA